GUGGUGAGAAAACGGCGAGUGUGCCACGUCUUCAAACGUUGAAAGCUCUACUCCGAAGACCAAUCCCAUCGACCAGUGAAAGUUGUCAGGUGUUUGCUACCGAGGCCGAAUAAACAACAAUAACUUUCGUCGCUGCCUGUCUCCUGUGCUGUAUCCCUGCACCAUCAUGAAUCUAACGAAGUUGUUCGUUGUGGUGCUGCUGGCCAUGGCCGUACUGUUCGGAGGGCAAGUCGAGGCAGGGCGUUUGAAAAAUUUCGGCAAAAAACUGGAAAAGGUUGGACAGCGUGUGUUCAAGGCAACGGAAAAGGUAGUUCCGGUGCUGCUUGGAAUUAAGCAGCUUGGAAAGAAGGACGAUGGACACUGAUACUCUGGUUCUGACGCGGAGAAAAUCACACGAGCGAUAAAAUCCAAUGGCAGAGAUUAUGGAGGAGAACAAUAGGAUAAUGAAUUCAUCUGUUAUCGGUCACUGUAAAAUGAAAUAAAGAAUCCUUUCUCAACAGAAAAAUGUAACAAAAUGAUGCUUUAUCCUCAAAGCAAAAUGUAGCAGAUUUCGAAAAAAGCGAAUAUAAAAAUGUAAUUUUGAGC